GGAAAUUUGGUAGAACAGGCAAGAUGAAAAUUAACAUGAAAUUACUGCCUAUGAAGGCACAUUACUUUUUAAUGUUUGCAGGCACUGCACCUGUGCUUCCAUUCCUGCCAGUAUAUGCACGACAACAGGGUAUUUCCCCUGCUGGCAUUGGCCUCAUCUACACCAUCCUACCCUUUGUUGGACUCUUCGCAAAGGCUGCAUCAGGUGCGCUUGCUGAUUUACUUCGCAUUCACCGAGGAGUUUUCUUGUCUGCUAUUGCUGUGUGUACACUUGGUUUCUUCAGUGUGUACUUCACACCACCAAUACCUCAGACACCGAAUAAGGUUCCUGCCAAAGUGACCCUGGAUUGUAGCUCGCCUUCAACUUAUAUCAAGUUUUGCUCUUCCAAGGAAAAAUGUAGACAGAAUGAUUUCAUAAAUGGUAUUAAGGAUAAUUAUACAGCAACAUGUAAAGUGGAUUGCACAGGAGAUGAUACUGAGACCAUCAAGGCUGUGUGUGCUGCGUGGAAUUUAUCAUCUUGUGAAGACUCGGAACUGAACUUCACCGCCGCUACUAACCUGUUCUACAAUGAGCAAGUUCAUCCAUGCACCUUCUUCCCCAUAUCCAAUAUUACGGCCAGUGGCGUUGAGCUGACUGAUCCCACAUGCCCUGAUUUGACCAGCUUGAACUGCUCGCUAGUCUGCAAUGAUGCCAGAUUCAUGUCAUUUAUGGAAGCACCUUUAACAGUUCCUCCUACUACGUAUCAAGAGUUGUUGUCUUACCAUCAGUUCUGGCUCUACCUUCUAUGUGUCAUCAUUGCUUGGAGUGGCUUGGGGAUCUCUGUGGUUAUGUCGGAUACCGUAUGCUUCCAACUUUUGGGUGAGAAAGCUAAUAAGUAUGGAGAACAGCGCCUGUUCGGAUCUCUGGGCUGGGGUACCUUAGUCGUCAUCACAGGCCUGCUUAUCGACCAUGCCUCCCAGGGUCAAGUGCAGAAGGACUACACAUCUGCCUUUGUCUUGAGUCUUGGUGUCUUGUUUGUAGAUCUCGUGGCUGCGACUCGUCUCCAGAUUGAAGGAAAUGAAAAGAAGAGCUGGACAGCUGGUGCAAUGGCUCGUCUUAUUUGUGAACCACAGAUCGUUCUCUUUGUUGUCUGCUGUGUUGUAGUUGGAAUAUCGACUGGAAUACUGUGGACUUUCCUGCUUAUGCUGGUUGAGGAUGUUGCCUUUGAGUGGGACUGUCAUUUCCAAGCCAUGAAGUUACUCCAGGGACUCAUCAUGGGUGUCCAGUGCUUUGGUGGAGAGUUGCCUUUCUUCUUCAUCUCUGGCUGGUUCAUCAAGAAGUUGGGUCACGUCCAUGCCAUGUCCUUAGUGAUUGGGAUGUUUGGUAUUCGAUACAUCCUGUACUAUACCAUUGUCAAUCCAUGGGUUUUCCUUCCCAUUGAACUACUUAAUGGCUUCACCUUCGGAAUUUUCUAUGCGACCAUGACUUCUUAUGCCAGCCAAGUUGCUCCCAGUGGCACAGAAGCAACAAUGCAGGGUAUUGUGGGAGCUGCAUUUGAAGGCAUUGGCAUUGCAGUUGGUGGCUUUGUGGGAGGGUCACUUUUUUUCACUGUAGGUGGCUCAAGAACCUUCCUCUAUACGGGAAUAUUCAACUUGCUCUUUGCUGUUCUCCACAUUAUCCUGCAGAUCCUUCUGAAGAGGCUAAGACCGCAGUCAGCAUCAGCUGGAGGUAGUCCAACUCCAGUGGGUUAUAUGGUCCCCAGUGAAAGCAUGAAGCCUGUGGCUGCCACAGAUGGAGAGGCUGAAGAAGAUUAAGUUACAAGAUCACUUUAUCAAAUUCUCAUGUUUGAAUAUGAGUGGAAGCAAACACAAAUACAUGUUUCCUGCAAUUAACUCAGGAGGAUAAUAGCCUUGGAAGGACUAAGGUUAGCAGCAACAUGGGGUUGGAGAUCCUGCUUGUCCCGUCCAAAUUUCAAGGGCACAAUGAUCAAGGUCACUUUAGUGAGUACUUCCUUAAAUCAUAAAUAUGUAUAAAAUGCUGAAUAUAUUUUUAUGUCAGUGAGAAAAAGAUUCUUAAGAAGUAUAUCUGGAGAUUGUUUCCCUCUCUGGAAAAUCAGUAACAUUGAUUUAGACUGUUGAGCUUUUGGUGCUUCUGCAAGAUCUACUAUUAGUAUUAGCAUGUACAAAAUGUAUAGAACAAAUGUUUUCCAUGCUUCAGAGAUUCCAGUGAGACCCAAACUGAAGCACAAGCAUUUUAUGAAUGUUAUUUAUUUGAUUUUUAUUAUUUUGAGAGGAUUUCUUUCAUUUGAUAUCUGUAUUUCCCUACUACUGGAGCCAGGUAUCAGGGCUGAUUACAGUGAUUUUUAAGUAUUUCUUAUGAUCAAGGUAGUUACAAAAGCAUAUAGCAGCUACAGUCUUUGCUUAAGAGAACUGCAAUACACUAAACCCCUUGCAUCUCAUAAUAACCUCCAAAAGCAUCACAGCAGUAAGCCAGUUUCCUGUCACCUACUAUUGGUCUGGGGUGACCUCCCACCUAAAUCUAGUGUAUCAUCUUGGAGGGAUUAUUGGUCCAGGGAGAUAACUAAUGAAAUUAUGGGAUUUUUUUCAACUUCCUAUGGGAUAUUGGACCAACAAUACCCUCCAGAUUGAUUGUGAAUCCUAUGUCUUUUUGGGGGUAUGUCAGAGUAAGGAGGUUGAUAUUCUAAAGUUUACAUGGACUGGUGCCAUGUAUGUAUACUGAUAUUCUUAUUUAUUAUUGAUAUAAUAUUUAUGUAUGUAGUAGUGCAUUUUAUAAGCGAAUAGGUAAUGCUUUCUAGGCAUUACGAUAUUGAAAUAUUAAUCUAUGACUUUUUAGACAUGUUAAAACUGCAAAGUUAGUGAAAUUAUAUACUUGUGAAUAUCAGGAUUGAGAGAAAGGCUUAUUAGGUAAAUCUUAGACCUUACUUUCCAUGAUUUCAGGUUUCAUGCAUAUGGUAUGAAAGACUUACUUUCUUUAUUAUUAAUGAUGUAUGUCUUGUAUAUAGGUAUGGAAUAGAGAGAAAGGCCUCAGAUUAUAUAGAUCCAAUGUUUUUUUACACACAUACAUGGACAUCCAUGUACUCAUAUGCAGACACAUACAAACAUAUGCUUCUAUGUACAUUAUGUACCUGUAUGUAUGCAUGUAUGUAUAUAUGCAUAAGAGCUCCUCUGCUCUGAAUAUUCAAAAUAUGCAAUUUCACUGAUACAGACAAACUUGUCUGUGAAUCCAUUGUGUGAAAUUUGCACCUCUUGUGAAAUUCCACUGUGUAGUACAUAGUAUUAGGUGCUUAACAUUGCCCUGUAAAGACACCACAAUUGUUGUCUCUCCAAAAUGUAAUAAUGAUGUUUGUGGUCAUUUUCGGUUUUCACAUUUACUUUGUCACCUCAAUAAGUCUUGGGAGUGUAAUGGUGGAGUCAUUGGGAGUAGGAAGUGUUAUAAAUUGCAAGAGAAGUAGAGAUGGACAUUACUUGAAGUAGUAACUCGUUAACUAGUAGUAGUAUUAGUAAUAAUAGUAAUAGUAAUGAUAUUAUUGUUGAUAUUAUUUUUAUUGUUAU